AUGGCGGGCGCUGGCCUGGUUGCGCAGCCGAACUUCUUCGUCUGGGGCAAGUGGAGGUCAAGAAACGUCGACGAGCCAUUCCUCACUCGGAAGGUGUCUGCCCCCGUCAAGAAGACCGUGCUCGGCGAGAGCUUCAUGAUCGCGCUCACCGAGGACGGAAGGGUCAUGUCUUGGGGCAAGGACGACACGAACGGUUGCUUGGGGCUCGGCAACAGCAAGAAGGAUACGAAGAAAGACUUGCCAGGAGAGGUGCUGUUCCCCAAGGACAGUGACGAGGUCGUUGUGGACAUCCAGAUGGGCAAGGAGCACGUCGUGGCCCUGACCCGGGGCGGCGAGGUGCACGCCUGGGGCAACGGCUCCCGAGGGCAGCUGGGGAGCGGCGAGCUGCGGAACCAGUUCAAGCCGAAGCGCGUGGCAAGCGGGCCCAUUCGGCGGCGAGCCAGAUCAAGCAGAUCGCCGUCCUCAACGACUCCACCUUCGCGCUCGCGACGACCGGGGAGGUGUACGCCUGGGGCGACAACACGGACAACAUCCUCGGGCUCGAAGACAGGGAUGUCGACCACGUGGCCGAGCCGGCGUGCCUGA